UAAAAGGACUCGACAUAUAUCAUUGUCAUAACAUACGUAACGCAUAUGAACUUUAUCCACCAAUAUAUAAUAACGUCAUAUAAAUAAUUCUCAAAUAAAUCAAGCAAGAACCCAAAACCACAACACACCAAAAAAACCGUCGAUCGAGACUUAUGGAGAGAAAGCAUCACUUCGUGUUAGUUCACAACGCUUUUCACGGAGCAUGGAUCUGGUACAAGGUCAAGCCUCUCCUUGAGUCCGCCGGCCACCGUGUCACUGCUGUCGAACUCUCCGCCUCCGGGAUCGACCCACGACCAAUCCAGGCUGUUGACAACUUCGACGAAUACUCCAAACCGUUGAUCGAAACCCUCAAAUCUCUUCCAGAGAACGAAGGGGUGAUUCUGGUUGGAUCCAGCUUCGGAGGCAUCAGCAUUGCUCUAGCCGCCGACAUAUUUCCUGCGAAAAUUAAGGUUCUAGUGUUCCUCAACGCCUUCUUGCCCGACACAACCCACUUGCCCUCUCACGUUCUUGAUAAGUAUAUGGAGCUGCCUGGAGGUUUGGAAGAUUGUGAGUUUUCUUCUCAUCAAACAAGGAAUGGGACAAUGGGUUUAAUGAAGAUGGGACCAAAAUUCAUGAAGACUCGUCUUUACCAAAACUGUCCUAUUGAGGAUUACGAACUGGCAAAAAUGUUGCAUAGACAAGGAUUAUUUUUCCAAGAGGAUCUAUCAAAGCAAGAAAAGUUUAGCGUGGAAGGUUACGGUUCGGUACAACGAGUUUACGUAAUGAGUAGUGAAGACAAAGCCAUUCCUUGCGAUUUCAUUCGUUGGAUGUUUGAUAAUUUCAACGUCUCCAAAGUCUACGAGAUCGACGGAGGAGAUCACAUGCUGAUGCUCUCCAAACCUCAACAACUCUUAAACACUCUCUCUGCUGCUAUUGCCGCCGAUUAAAUGUAAUAAUACUAUAAACUAAAAAGUCCGAUUAAAAAACUCACUGUUGGUUACAUUAAUAAAAAAAAAAAAUUAAAUAAA